GUCUGGGAGAACAAGUUUGAGUACUUUGUGAGGUUGAUGUGGGCGUCUGUGUGAGGCACAUAGCUGCACAGUUAUUCUAGAUGAUCUUGUAAGCUGCACAUUCUGGUUGGCCCUUCCUUUUCUCACAACUCGUGGCAAGAAAGGACUUUUUAGGCAAUGGCUCGACUGCGCAGGAGAGCUUGUGUGGCCCUUUUUCUCUUCACGCUCUUCGUGCUCGCCACUCUGAUGGGUUUAAGGACUCUGAAGCCCACUGAUGGGUUCUCGGCUCUGGCUCCAGGCGCAGACGUGCUGCCAGUGAUCGGGGAGAAAGUUGACCGGCGCUCCGUGUCCAGCGACGUCCAGCCCUCACCUGCCCAGGCACGGAACCCCAAACUAGUAGCCUCGAACUCUAGUCCGGACAAAGGCAUGUCCUACGACGUCCAUAUAUUUUACUACAUGUGGUACGGGAACCCGCAGAUGGACGAGAGAUAUUUGCACUGGGACCACAUUCUGGUGCCACACUGGGACCCCAAAAUCGCCGCCAGUUAUCCGAGAGGAAGGCACGUGCCCCCGGAGGACAUCGCGUCCAGUUUCUAUCCUGAACUGGGGCCGUACAGCUCGAGGGACCCCGAGGUGCUGGAGUCACACAUGGAACAAAUUGGAGCAGCGGGUGCAGGUGUGCUGGUGCUGUCGUGGUAUCCUCCGGGCUUGGCUGAUGACCAUGGAGAGCCCACUGAAGACCUGGUACCAUCAAUCCUGGACGCAGCUGUCCGGCACGGUUUAAAGGUGGCGUUCCAUAUCCAGCCCUACAAAGGAAGAACUGAUCAUAGUGUUCAUGAAAACAUCAAAUACAUCAUUGACAGGUAUGGCGAUCAUGGGGCUUUUUACCGCUUCACCACCAGUAAUGGAAAAGCACUGCCUCUUUUCUACAUCUACGACUCAUACCUGACACCUCCAGAGGCCUGGGCAGAGAUGCUGACCUCCACGGGCUCGCACAGUGUGCGUGGGACCCCUUACGAUGGGGUCUUCAUUGCCCUCAUCGUUGAAGAGCGGCACAAAAAUGACAUCCUUGCAGGGGGUUUUGAUGGGAUGUAUACUUACUUCGCGUCCAAUGGCUUCUCCUACGGCUCCUCGCAUCAAAACUGGAAGGGCAUCAAGACCUUUUGUGAUGGCAACAAUCUGUUGUUUGUGCCUAGCGUGGGGCCCGGUUACAUCGACACCAGCAUCCGGCCCUGGAACAACCACAACACUCGCAACAGGGUGAACGGUCGAUAUUAUGAAACCGCCCUACAGGCGGCACUGAACGUGCGGCCUGAGAUCGUCACCGUAACCUCUUUCAAUGAGUGGCAUGAGGGCACGCAGAUUGAGAGAGCAGUUCCUAAAAAGACUGUCACGCGUUUGUACUUGGACUACCAGCCGCAUGAACCUGAUCUCUAUUUAGAGCUGACUAGAAGAUGGGUUGAACAGUUCAGUAGAGAGAAAGAACAAUGGCUUAUGUAAAGUGUGCAUUCAUUUGAAGUUCACAGAACUGUGGGGUGUGUGCUUUUGUUUGUGUGAGAGAUUAGGUUAUUAAAUGAGCAGUCUGACUUUAAAGUCAAGGACAUUUUAAAUGGAACAUGUGCUACAACAGAUGUCUCAAAAAAUUCUAUUGAGUGACCAGACCUCCUUCUCCUCAUCUUUUGAAAUAAUCACAGAAGUUACCUAAGAUGCAUGGACUCACUUCAGUACAGUAAGGGAAAACACAAACAACCCCUAUUUACGGUGUCUAGCAGUAUAGUG